AUGAAGAAAUGGGCUACAAACCCUACCGAGGUGGACUACUGGGUUCCCGCGACGAGCUCGUGUGAAAUUAUUGAUGCGGUUGCGAAAUGUGAGCUAACGAAUUAUGAUCCAGAGGAGAAGCCCAACCUGAUCUGCAUAAGAACCAAAAUAAAGGCAACCACACAGAAAUUUGAUGAAAAGGUGUUGUGGGAGUUUGUGAAGCCAUUUCUAGAUGCGAAGAAGCACGUGUGCUACAUGAUGCUUCUUUUUAGCGAAGACAACAUCAGCGGUAGUGCAGAAGAUAAGCAGUGGAGGUUCCGACUGGAUCCUGAGAAGAUCACGAUGAUACAGUCAAGGAGCAAGUGCUGCCGUAUGUCGCGACAUAUAAGUCGGUUAUCUGAGACGGGUUUUUGA